UCAAUGAUAGAUAGUUAGCUAUCAAUUAAAAUUAAUAACUAUAAAAACAAUUGUACAUCCAAAUUAAUAAUACACAAAAAAAUUAAAAUAUAUUCUGUCAAUCAUAUAAGAAAGUAUUGCAUUUUUCAUUUUCGUUCAUCCCAUAAAAAAAUAUGAAGUUCAUUUUUGGACAUGAUUCUAUUUUCUCCUUUAAACCACAAUCAUUCAUUUGUUCAUAACCUCAUAAUCAAUUCAACCAAAACAGCAUUGUGUAUCAAUAUUUUUUAAAGUUUGGUGUUAUCCUAUAUGUUAUACUCUGUUGCAGGAGUGGAGUAUAAAAAAUUACUCACGUUGUUUGGAAUGCAUCUGUAUAUAUACAUACACCCCCAAGAAACACAAACUACAGAAAAGCAAUGGCGGAGCAGCACAUCCUACUAGUUACCUUCCCGGCUCAGGGCCACAUCAACCCAUCUCUCCAGUUCGCUAAACACCUCGCCAAACACGGCGUUAAGGUCACCAUCCUCACCAGCACCUACGCCACCGCCCGCAUGUCCCACACUCUCUCUCCAUCCUUCCAACCCCUAAUCGACGUCGUUUCCUUCUCCUCCACCACCGACUGGUCCACAGAAGACGCCACCAAACUCAUGCAACAGCUCUCCGACUUCGGCACCAAGGCCGUGGAAGACGCCGUCGCCGCCAAGCGCGCCCAGGGCACCCCUUACACGCGGAUUGUUUACAAUCUCCUCGUGCCCUGGGCCGGCCGCGCGGCUCGCCGCCUCGCCGUCCCCGUCACGCUGCUCUGGAUCCAACCAGCGGUCCUCUUCGGCGUCUAUUUUCAUUAUCAUAAUAGGAAUUUCGAUCCUUGUUCCGAUGAGGUGAUCGAGCUACCGGGGCUGCCGCGCCUCCGCCGCUGCGAUCUGCCGUCUUUCUUUCUGGAGACUAAUCCGAGCGUGUACAAUUUCGCGAUUCCGAUGCUGACUGAGAAUUUUGAGAUACUGGACCAAGAGGAUCACGCGACGGUGGUGUUGAACACGUUCGACAAGUUGGAGGCCGAUGCUUUGAGAUAUUUGAACAAGUAUAGAUUGCUGGCGAUCGGGCCGCUGAUUCCUUCUGCGUUUUUGGACGCAAGGGAUCCGUCCGACACUAGUUUUGGAGGUGAUUUGAUUCAGAAAUCGGAAGAUUACAUGCAGUAUUUGGAGUGUGCGGAGAGGGAAUCGGUAAUCUACGUGGCUUUCGGGAGCUAUUCUGAGCUGCCGAGGUUGCAGAUGGAGGCCGUCGCGGAGGCGCUGAUGAGAAGCCGCCGCCCCUUCCUGUGGGUGAUCAGAGGUUCCGACGGCGACGACCGAACUCUGAGCUGCAGAGAGGAUCUUGAGAAGAAAGGGAAAAUCGUGGCGUGGUGCACUCAGGUUGAGGUUCUCUCCCACCCAAGCGUGGGGUGUUUCGUGACGCACUGUGGAUGGAACUCGACUCUCGAGAGUCUGGCGUCCGGGGUGCCGGUGGUGGCGCUGCCGCAGUGGACUGAUCAGAGCACCAACGCCAAGCUGGUGGAGGAUUUGUGGAGGAGUGGAGUCAGAGCAGUGAAGGCGGGAAACGGAGAGAUUGUGGAGGCGGAUGAAAUCCAGAGGUGCUUGGAGAUGGUGAUGGACGGUGGAGAUGCGAGCGUGGAGAUGAGGAAGCAGGCAAAGAAUUGGAGGGAUUUGGCGAGGGAAGCCAUGGCCGAGGGUGGGACUUCUCAAGUGAAUCUCAAGAUAUUCGUCGACCAAAUUGUCGGCGCCCGUCACUCAUCGGUUUAAUUGCUACUACUAUGAUUUAGUACGUACGAGGCACGCCAACGUUGACGCUUGCAAAUUCAACACCAUGCUCCCUUGACUCUUCUCUUCUCGAUCUUCUCUGCUUCCAUCUUCAAACUUCUUCAGCCACCCUAAAUCAUUGGAAAAUCAAUGGUCCAGAUUGCUUCCUAAUUAACGGAAUGGAUAUUCUAAUUGAUUGUAGUCCAUGGGGUCUUUCAUAUUGUUACAAAAAUUGGAGAAUCCCCAAUAAAUUGUAAAAAUUCAAAAGAUUUGACACUCGUUUGCAAA